UCCUCUUCCUCUUGGGGCAUCUACGGCCGCGCCUCUAGCCCUCCCGGAACUGAAACUAGGCGCCAGACGGUCCGGAGGCAGGGGCCACGUCAGCGGGGCCACCCCGGGCUCGCGGGGUCCCGGCGGGCGCCAUGCGGAGGGGUGCGCUCCUGGCGGGCGCCCUGGCCGCCUACACCGCGUACCUGGUGCUGGGCGCGCUGCUGGUGGCGCGGCUGGAGGGGCCGCACGAAGCCCGGCUCCGAGCCGAGCUGGGGACGCUGCGGGCGCAGCUGCUGCAGCGCAGCCCGUGUGUGGCGGCCCCGGCCCUGGACGCCUUCGUGGAGCGGGUGCUGGCGGCCGGACGGCUGGGGCGCGUCGUGCUCGCCAACGCUUCGGGGUCAGCCAACGCCUCGGACCCCGCCUGGGACUUCGCCUCUGCUCUCUUCUUCGCCAGCACGCUGGUCACCACCGUGGGCUAUGGGUACACGACGCCACUGACUGAUGCGGGCAAGGCCUUCUCCAUCGCCUUCGCGCUCCUGGGCGUCCCGACCACCAUGCUGCUGCUGACCGCCUCGGCCCAGCGCUUGUCGCUGCUGCUGACUCACGCGCCGCUGUCUUGGCUGAGCAUGCGCUGGGGCUGGGACCCCCGGCGGGCAGCCUGCUGGCACUUGGUGGCCCUGCUGGGGGUCGUGGUGACCGUCUGCUUUCUGGUGCCCGCGGUGAUCUUCGCCCACCUCGAGGAGGCCUGGAGUUUCCUGGAUGCCUUCUACUUCUGCUUCAUCUCUCUAUCCACCAUCGGCCUGGGCGACUACGUGCCCGGAGAGGCACCCGGCCAGCCCUACCGGGCACUCUACAAGGUGCUGGUCACAGUCUACCUCUUCCUGGGCCUGGUGGCCAUGGUGCUGGUGCUGCAGACCUUCCGCCACGUGUCCGACCUCCACGGCCUCACGGAGCUCAUCCUGCUGCCCGCUCCAUGCCCUGCCAACUUCAGUGAGGAUGAAGACGACCGGGUGGACAUCCUGGGCCCCCCGCCGGCGAUGCACCAGCAACUCUCUGCCAGCUCCCACACCGACUAUGCCUCCAUCCCCAGGUAGCAGGGGCAGGCUCUGCCAGGCAUGGGUGUGCCUGGCCUGGAACUGAGAGGCCCGGGUGACCAGAGCUGGCUGUACGGGAAUGUCCAUGAGCACACGCAGGUGAUCCCAAGGCCUUGCCGCCCACCAUCCCUUUGUUUCCCAGCAUCCGGCUGUGAUGUGGGGCCGGCACUCCCUGUGCCUGUGUCCCAGGCUCUGCUGGCGCCGACGUGACCUUGCUCUCCGUCCUUGCUCUCAUCCUCCUUACACUGUGCCUCUGACUCGCUGGCCUUCUCGCUGUCUGUCUAUCCCUCUUGCUGUCUGUUCCUCACUCUCUUCCAUGUUCCAUCUGUGUCUCUCAAUUAGUCACUCAUCAGUUGCGUUCUACUAGGCUCUGGGCUCGGACCUCAUUUCAGGCACCAGAUCUGUCACUACAUCCUGGACAAGUGACUGCCCCUCUCUGAGCCUUGAUUUCCUCAGCUGACAAAUGGGAAGGAUAGAUGAACUCAUCCCUGAACCCCUCCUGUGUGCUGGCCCUGUGCUAGACAGUGCUGGGGACAUAGUUGGGGGUGGGGACCUGCUCUCAUGGAGCUCACAGUCCAGUGAGGUGGACAGGCCUGUCCCCAGACAGUGAUGGCCCCACAUGGGCAGGAUUUAAUGGAGGAGGUGAGGUGAUGAAAACACAGCCAGAGUGGUCAGGGCUGAAGUCUGAGAAGCACAGGAACUAGGCCCAGUCGAGCUUGGAAGGUCAGGGAGGACUUCCUGGAGGAAGUGACGGUUGAACUAAUACCUGAAAUAUGAAAAGUAGGCAGGAAGAAGUCGGCCCUGAGUCAUUUUUCUCAGGCGUCUCCAGGGAGCAGGACCCAUGGAGGGAGCCCUGGUGGUGUAGACAGAAUCUUCCUCAGCAGCCUGGAAGGCAGGAAACUGACACAGGACGCCAGCCCAGAUCUGAAUGGUGUGGGAGGUGCUGCCCUUAGCCAUGACACCAUUGUAAGAGCUGUCCCCUUUUGUAUGUUGUGCCCUGGAGUCAGCCUGCUUGAGCUCAAAUCCCAAUCUAGCGAGUCUGGCCUGUGACCUUAGGCUGUCACUCUACCUCUCUGCUUUUGUUUCCUUCUCUGUAAAAUGCUGAUCAUCAUAAUACAACUUCAAAAG